AUGAACGGAAGAACGGCUUUACGAACGAAAGGGAAUACGCGAAUAGAUUUCCACAAGCAAGGAAGGGGAAUCGAUUUUGUUGGACGGGAGUUAUUAUGCGGAGCGAUCCGCGAGGCUAAUCAUACGAAGUGCUUGGAGGACAGGAGAGUACUCGUAAUGGGAGCCAGGAAAGUUCGGUCUAAAAGCGGCCAUCCCGAGGAACAUUCUGUGGACCCGCUCGAUCAUAUCGCUGGCGACAGAGAUGCUGGGGUCCCAGAGAACAGAACUGUAUUCCAGGAUUGGCCGGACAAGGGAACAGUAGGGGGGGUUUGGGGAGAGAAAGGUGGCGGAAACCGACGGAGAUACGGUUAA